AGUGCGUCUGCCGCCAGCAGCAUGGAGGUGUCAGACCGCAUUGCUUCUCUGGAGCAGCGAGUCCAGAUGCAAGAAGAUGACAUCCAACUGCUCAAGUCCGCGCUGGCUGACGUGGUUCGACGGCUGAACAUCACAGAAGAGCAGCAGGCUGUACUUAACCGGAAGGGACCUACCAAAGCAAGACCACUGGUGCAGACCCUGCCUCUAAGAACCACUGUCAACAAUGGCACUGUGUUACCAAAGAAACCCAGUGGCUCCCUACCAUCCCCAUCCGGGUCCAGGAAAGAAAUAACCAUACCGGCAACCAAAAGCAUCAAGCGGACCAGCUCUUCUGAACGAGUGUCUCCUGGGGGUCGGAGGGAGAACUCCGGAGACUCCAAAGGAAGCCGGAACCGUACAGGCUCCACCAGCAGCUCCUCGAGUGGCAAGAAGAACAGCGAGAGCAAACCCAAGGAGCCUGUAUUCAGCGCGGAAGAAGGCUAUGUAAAAAUGUUCCUUCGUGGACGCCCUGUCACCAUGUACAUGCCCAAAGAUCAUGUGGAUUCAUACAAUUUGGAAGCAAAAGCAGAACUGCCAACCAAGAGGCUUAAGCUGGAGUGGGUCUAUGGGUACCGGGGCCGAGACUGUCGUAAUAACCUGUACUUGCUCCCUACCGGGGAGACCGUGUACUUCAUCGCGUCGGUGGUGGUGCUGUAUAAUGUGGAGGAACAGCUGCAGAGGCAUUAUGCAGGCCAUAAUGACGAUGUCAAGUGCCUGGCAGUUCACCCUGACAGGAUUACUAUAGCAACAGGACAAGUCGCAGGCACAUCUAAGGAUGGAAAGCAAUUACCCCCACACGUCCGCAUCUGGGAUUCAGUGACGCUGAACACUCUGCAUGUCAUCGGAAUAGGCUUUUUUGAUCGAGCUGUCACCUGCAUUGCAUUCUCCAAGUCCAACGGAGGAAGCAGUCUCUGUGCUGUGGAUGACUCCAAUGAACACGUGCUGUCUGUGUGGGACUGGCAGAGAGAAGAAAGACUGGCCGAUGUGAAGUGUUCCAAUGAAGCGGUGUUUGCUGCAGAUUUCCAUCCCACAGACACCAAUAUCAUAGUUACCUGUGGAAAGUCACAUCUCUACUUUUGGACACUAGAAGGAAACUCCCUUAUUAAGAAGCAAGGAUUAUUUGAGAAACAAGAAAAGCCAAAGUUCGUCCUGUGUGUGACAUUUUCUGAAAAUGGUGACACCAUUACUGGAGAUUCCAGUGGCAACAUCUUAGUUUGGGGAAAAGGUACAAAUCGAAUAAGCUACGCUGUCCAAGGGGCCCACGAUGGGGGCAUCUUUGCACUUUGUAUGUUAAGGGAUGGCACACUGGUGUCGGGAGGAGGGAAGGACCGGAAGCUCAUUUCUUGGAAUGGAAACUAUCAAAAACUUCAUAAAACCGAGAUUCCUGAGCAGUUCGGCCCAAUACGGACAGUGGCUGAGGGGAAAGGUGACAUUAUCUUGAUAGGUACAACUAGAAACUUUGUCCUACAGGGGACCCUGUCAGGAGACUUUGCACCCAUCACUCAGGGUCACACUGAUGAGCUCUGGGGACUGGCAAUCCAUGCCUCCAAACCUCAGUUCUUGACUUGCGGACACGACAAGCACGCCACUCUUUGGGAUGCUGUGGGUCACCGGCCUGUCUGGGAUAAAAUCAUAGAGGAUCCAGCUCAGUCUUCUGGUUUUCAUCCUUCAGGGUCUGUGGUUGCGGUCGGGACACUGACUGGGAGGUGGUUUGUGUUUGAUACAGAAACAAAAGACUUGGUCACUGUCCACACGGAUGGGAAUGAGCAGCUCUCUGUAAUGCGCUACUCACCAGAUGGGAAUUUCUUAGCCAUAGGCUCCCACGACAACUGCAUCUAUAUCUAUGGUGUUGGCGACAACGGGAGGAAAUACACUCGGGUUGGCAAAUGCUCUGGUCAUUCCAGCUUCAUCACCCACCUGGACUGGUCUGUGAACUCCCAGUUCCUUGUGUCGAAUUCCGGGGACUAUGAAAUCCUUUACUGGGUUCCCUCUGCUUGUAAGCAAGUCGUGAGCGUGGAGACCACGAGAGACAUCGAGUGGGCCACCUACACCUGUACUUUGGGAUUCCACGUGUUUGGAGUUUGGCCCGAAGGCUCUGAUGGAACUGACAUCAAUGCUGUCUGUCGGGCCCAUGAGAAAAAACUGCUGUCGACAGGAGAUGACUUUGGCAAAGUGCACCUCUUCUCCUACCCCUGUUCACAGUUCCGGGCUCCAAGCCACGUCUAUGGAGGACACAGUAGCCACGUCACCAACGUUGACUUCCUCUGUGAAGACAGCCACCUCAUCUCCACGGGCGGGAAAGACACAAGCAUCAUGCAGUGGCGGGUCAUUUAGUCCCUACCAGAGCCCUGGGAGCAGAUCCUGCCUGAGAAGACACAGACUCACGUUCCGCUUGGUCACUGUGAUUUCUGUUUUGUCUAAAAAUUCUUACAAACCUCAGGAAAAUUAUCCCUCUGCCAGUUACCUUAGCUUAGGGGGCGAAUGAGUGUCACGCCGGAGAAGUUGUUCCGUUUCCACUUUGGUUGUAUAGUAUGUGUAUGCAUAGAUAUAGGAAGCGUCCCAAGGUGCCCAUGCAGUGGAAUCGACAGAAGGGACUGGUGUAUCCUUAGCAACUUUUCUAUGAACUCUUCAAAACUGGUCACAGAAUGCCUUUUCCAAUAUUGUAUAUAGUCUUCACUGUCUACCACCAAGCUGGUUAAAUCAUAUAUUUAUGAUAAUAAUAAGGUACUAGACCCUGAUUGCUGUUGACUAAUUGGUCCCAAAAGGAUAAAUCCCUUGAGAAGACAUGGAAUAACUGAUUUGCACAGCUGAAUCAGGAACUCAAAGGAUGAAACUUUCUUUGGUUAUAUUUUCUAAGUUUUCAUAUGAAAUUCUCCCUUUGGGAGGCUGGCAAGAAAUGGGUUGUAUACUUCUGGUGUUAGCAGACUCCAGGUUAAGAACUCUCACAGAGGGUGUGCAGGCCCUUCUAUGUUCCCAGCAGACUGUCCUGCACCUCCAUGAAUUGUAACCCCUCUGUCCCUGGUCACAUGCCCCGAUUCCUGUCUGGAUCAUUAGCCACCUUCCUGUGUAUAUUAAUGGCAUGAUAUGGUUAUUGUUCUCUGUAUAGGAUGUUAGCAACUCAGUACAUACCUAUGGCUAGGCGUCACUGUUUAGGCUAUGGACAUUGUACGUUUGUACUUGACGACCAAGUAGACCAAGUGGAGAAGCAAUCUGUCCAGUGUCUGAGCAGCCUGCAGAGGGAGACGUCUCAGGAGGCCCCGGGAACAGAGGGCCCCCGGGAACAGUGCAUAGAUGGCUCUCAGCAGUAUGGAAGAAGACUAUUCUGAUAACUAGGACAUAAGUGGUAUAAAUUCAUCAACAAGGCCUUACCCAUGUGUGACAGGUUGAAUAUUGUUUACAUUGGGGAAUGUAUCUUGGAUUUUUAAAUAGAAGAGUAAUUAUCAGACUUGAGAACAAAUAUUAAGAUUUUUGACUCCUUCUAGGUAAGUAAAUGAUUGAAUUACCUGAAUACUCCAGCACUGGUUGAGUGUGACAUCCGGAAACACCUCACCAACGCACAGGGCACCAGGAAACAACUGAACUAAAGAGGAACCUGUUUGUAUGUAUCCUUAUCAAAUAUAUUCUAUAAUGAAAUAAACUCUCAAAGGUGGAUUUCUUACUGACCUGUAUCCUUGAAAGUAUAUAAAUUAAAAGCUUUGGAAUGGGAUAUGAUUCACACUAUAUUGUUUUAUAUCCAGAUUGUUUUCUUACCUGGGUCCUUUGCAGUGAAACCAUGUAUUUUGAUAUGGUGUGAACAACUGUAAAGAAUUUGCCU